AUGCAGGAAUCGAUGCAUGCAACAGAAGCUCAAAUAGAAUGCAUACUUAUCCUGCUGCAGCUUGCUGCUCCUUCUUUAUUUGAGUGCAUUAACUCUGUUGGUCUAGGGCCCCACUUUGCUUUAUCAUGGGUCAUAACAUGGUUUGCUCAUGUUCUUCCUCGUAAUCAAGAUAUACAUCGUCUGUAUGAUUUAUUUAUUGCUUCUGACAACUAUAUGCUCAUUUAUCUCUCCGUCGCAGUAAUACUAAAGAGUGCCGAGAAGGUUCAUUCAACACCUGCCGAUUUUGGAACUCUCUACCACACACUCACAAACCUCCCCAAAAGACAUCCAGUCGAAGAGUUAGUAUCCUCUGCUUUGCAACUCCGUAUAGAUAAUCCACCUUCAAAACUACAAGCUGCGCACGCUGAAUGGUUGUCUGCCAAAGAUUCUAAAGCUCUCUACAAUGCCCACCACUCCUAUUUUCCAUAUUCUUUCACCGGUAUUUUGGAUGGCUUUAUACAUUCUACUCAAACUCAUUAUUUCUUUGCCUUUAUUAUUAUGUGUGUCGGAGUUUAUUUUUACAAAUACACUACUUUGAUAGGCAAAAGUUCUUCCUAG